AUGGGGAUUCAAGGUCUGUCGCUGCAGCUGUCUCUCCAUCUCUUUCCCUCUCCACCUGGAGAUCAAACAGCCUCCCUCUAGAGAUGGGAUGUCAUGGAGGUGUCAAAGUUGUCCAAAUGUUUGUAAAAAAUCCCUUUAUUUCAGGGGUAGAACAGAACUAGGCCUAGCUACAUCUUGUUUUUUUUAUCACACUCUUAUUCCCUCACAGGUUUCCAGUCUCUAUUCACUCGCUGAGUAUAUUCAGACUUUUUACAAUCCAACAGUUACUAGGGUUGUCCAGUGAUGUGACUGUAAAGUGUUCCCUGCGUUUCUCCACAGUAAUGGCAGCCAUUAGGAAGAAGCUAGUGAUCGUGGGGGAUGGAGCCUGUGGAAAGACCUGUCUGCUCAUCGUCUUCAGUAAAGACCAGUUCCCCGAGGUCUACGUGCCCACAGUGUUCGAGAACUACAUCGCUGACAUCGAGGUCGAUGGCAAACAGGUGUGUAGACUACCAUCCAGGAUCUAAAAAAUACAGAAAUGAUCAAUACUUAAGUAUAAAGUCUUCAUACACAUGAACCAAACAGCCAUACAGCCAACCCACACAGUAAACAUAAUAUUUACAUUUUAGUCAUUUAGCAGACGCUCUUAUCCAGAGCGACUUACAGUUAGUGAGUGCAUACAUUUUCAUACUGGCCCCCCCGUGGGAAUCGAACCCACAACCCUGGCGUUGCAAGCGCCAUGCUCUACCAACUGAGCUACAGGGAGCUCCAUAAUAUCAUCAUAAGGCUUUGGUUAACAAACGGUCUUGUUGGAGUGUAGUGGGAGUGACGCGGGGCUCUUGGUCAUGGGGCGUAGCCUAGCUGUGUUCUGGAGGCCAGGGCCCCUCCACAGCACAGCAGAUGGGAUGUUAUGUCAAUGGGCUUUGUUCUCCUGUACUGACCAGCACAGGAUCACAGCCUGGCAAAACAGGAAAUGACUGUACUCCUGGGCUUCCUGCACCGACUGGGAACAUGGAUGUCUACUGGCAAUCCCCCACCCCCUGAAGACUGUCCCUCAGCCCGAUAAACGGCUCUCAUUUCCUGCUCUUGGGGAGCAACAGGCGGGUGGGGGAGGGGUUGAUAUACUGUUGUCUUCUGUACAGGAAAACACCAAGUCAGGGAUCCAAGUGUGCUUGUUGUGCAUGAUGGAUCAUGCCGCCCCCCCAUUCAGCUUAGCUCUCCCAGGGGCUGCACAGCGCCCCCAGAAUUACCCUACUUUAAUUUGAUGUGGAUAAGAUCUGUGUUCUCAGUAUAAAGUCUCCACAGUCCACAUUUAAAUCGUAUUUUCCUUCAGGGAGAAUGGUAUUCGCUUUCUCUCACCUUCAGUGGGCGGGGCCUGGCCCAGUUCUAAAAAUAGGCACUUAAAAAAAAAAGUGUCCUUUUCUUCCCAAAACCUUGUGCUGUGCUGUCAAUCCGUGUGUCCAGAGGGGAUAUGGCGCCUACCCCCAUUGCUCAUGCCAGGAGUAUGUAGCCUCCCACUCCCACCCGUCCUACAAACCUCUGCUAUAGCUGCUAUUUUGGGAUGGUUGAAUAAUGUGUGUGUACUGUAGUCAAACAUUGUUCUACUUUCAAAGUUAUGUUACUAACCUUUUAACUAGAUGUAUGUUGCUAUGAAGGACAGGCUCCUCCUCUCAAAGACAAAUAGUGCUUAAAUCAUGUAUACAGUAAAAGGGCAAGUUGUGGCAAAAUGUUAUUAUUCAGUUGUAGAAUCCAGCAGGCUAAUGUAGUUGCUCUGGUCUACUCCCCUGAGGAACAGAAGGUAUCUGGUUUGAUUCUCCUUAAUCACCUGAUUUCCCUAAUGGAAUUAAUCAGUGGUGUGAUGGGAUAAAGCCACCAUGCCUCCUCUCUGGAUCCCUGUGAAAACCUGCCCAUGGAAUGAGACAAACGGCCAGUCGUUAGCUGCUGCACUGGUUUCUCUCUCUCCCCAAGACCAGAGCUAUGACGAAACCACUUCUAAUAGUAGUAUUCAUCAUCAUGGUCAUCACUGCUAGUUUCACGGCCGCCAAAGACAUGUUCAACUGCUAAGACUUCACACUGCUAAGACUUCACACUGCUAAGACUUCACACUGCUAAGACUUCACACAUCGGGAGUGUUUCAAAUAUGCAAAUCUUACUCCAAAUUCCUGCUGCAUCACUUGAGAGAUUUCUCAGAGAUAGUUACAGUAUUUUUGUAUCCCAAAUAACACCCUAUUCCCACUACUUUUGACCAGGGCCCAAUGUGCACUAUAUAUAGGGAUCAGGAUGCCAUUUGGGAAGCAGCCUUUCUGUGAAGAACAAUGAAACUGAAACACUGCUCUGACUCAUGUUAGCCAUUAGAAGCUGUUUCUAAGGCAUGAUAAUGCGUUGUUUUGCUUGCUUGUUUUGGUGGUGUUUUACAUUGUCCUAUGAGACAUGGUGGAAACCAAAUUACAGCUACAGUAUCUUGUAAUGAUUUCCACAGUAAAAGAUGUGCCAGCACUUUGCUCCACUGCUUUUGGCCCGACGCUGCCCAGCCCAGUCUUGGCUCUCGUGACUUAUGUAAAUAAAAACGGUAUCACCAUUAUGCGUUUUUUAUUUAGAUUUGCGUUUCUUUUUGCUCAUCUGCACAUACUACUGCAUCUCUCCCAGCAUCUAUUACUCAACAUCAUAUAAAAAAAAUAGAACAACUCUCAGGUUCUGAGAUAUACAUUUGCUUCAGAAAGAUUUUGGCCUUUUUUUUAGAGCAGCCAUUUUGCCUGUAUUUUGUGUUCUCUUUCACACGUAUUGUAGAUCUGCGAAGUCCUGACCCUUCCUCUUCUUCUGUGGCAUGUUUUAGGUGGAGCUGGCGCUGUGGGAUACAGCCGGCCAGGAGGACUACGACAGGUUGAGGCCUCUCUCCUACCCCGACACAGACGUCAUCCUCAUGUGCUUCUCUAUCGACAGCCCCGACAGUUUAGGUAAAUGACCAGGAGAAAAGCUAAUUUCUAGUCUGUGGACACUCAGAAGUUGCUGAUUUCUCUGAUGUUUUGUUUUCCAAUGGCCAACUGCACUCGUCUAACAGCUGGUUAUUUCGUUUUGCCUUGUUUUGAAACGAUCACAGUAUCUAGCAUGCUAAAUGUCUUUGCUCAACUGACCGUGUGUUAAUCAGUUUUAUACAGUGGAUUUGGAAAGUAUUCAGACCCCUUCACCUUUUCCACAUUUUGUUAUGUUACAGAUUUAUUCUAAAAUGGAUUAAAUUGUUUUUUCCUCUCAUCAAUUUACACACAAUACCCCAUAAUGACAAAGCAAAAAUUGGAAAAAAAAUUGAAAUUUCAUUUGCAUAAGUAUUCAGACCCUUUACUCAGUACUUUGUUGAAGCACCUUAGGCAGUGAUUACAGCCUUGAGUCUUCUUGGGUAUGAUGCUACAAGCUUGGCACACCUGUAUUUGGGGAGUUUCUCCCAUUCUUCUCUGCAGAUCCUCUCAAGCUCUGUCAGGUUGGAUGGGGAGCGUCGCUGCACAGCUAUUUUCAGGUCUCUCCAGAGAUGUUCGAUUGGGUUGUCUUGGCUGUAUGCUUACGGUCGUUGUCCUGUUGGAAGGUGAACCUUCGCUCCACUCUGAGGUCCUGAGCGCUCUGGAGCAGGUUUUCAUCAAGGAUCUCUCUGUACUUUGCUCCGUUCAUCUUUCCCUCGAUCAUGACUAGUCUCCCAGUCCCUGCCGCUGAAAAACAUCCCCACAGCAUGAUGUUGCCACCACCAUGCUUCACCGUAGGGAUGGUAUUGGCCAGGUGAUGAGCGGUGCCUGGUUUCCUCCAGAUUGACAUUUCAUCAGACCAGAGAAUCUUGUUUCUCAUGGUCUGAGAGUCCUUUAGGUGCGUUUUGGCAAACUCCAAGUUGGCAGUCAUGUGCCUUUUACUGAGGAGUGGCUUCCGUCAGGCCACUCUACCAUAAAGGCCUGAUUUGGUGGAGUGCUGCAGAGAUGGUUGUCCUUCUGGAAGGUUCUCCCAUCUCCACAGAGGAACUCUGGAGCUCUGUCAGUGACCAUCAUGUUCUUGGUUACCUCCCUGACCAAGGCCCUUCUCCCCCGAUUGCUCAGUUUGGCCGUGCGGCCAGCUCUAGGAUGAGUCUUGGUGGUUCCAAACUUCUUCCAUUUAAGACAGAUUGAGGCCACUGUGUUCUUGGGGACCUUCAAUGCUGCAGAAAUUUUUUGUACCCUUCCCCAGAUCUGUGCCUCAACACAAUCCUGUCUCGGAGCUCUACGGAUAAUUCCUUUGACCUCCUGGCUUGGUUUUUGCUGACAUGCACUGUCAACUGUGGGACCUAAAUAGACAGGUGUGUGCCUUUCCAAAUCAUGUCCAAUAAAUUAAAGUUACCACAGGUGGACUCCAAUCAAGUUUUAGAAACAUCUCAAGGAUGAUCAAUGGAAACAGGAUGCACCUUAGCUCAAUUUCGAGUCUCAUAGCAAAGGGUCUGAGUACUUAUGUAAAGGUAUUUCUGUUUUUUUAAGACAUUUACAAAAAUGUCUAAACCUGUUUUUGCUUUGUCAUUAUGAGGUAUUGUGUGUAGAUUGAUAAGGAAAACAAUUAAUUUAAUCCAUUUUAGAAUAAGGCUGUAACGUUAACAAAGUGGAAAAAGUGAAGGGGUCUGAAUACUUUCUGAAUGCACUGUAUAGGGUUUCAUGUGAGACAGUGGGAUAAAUUAUCUGCAUGGACUUAAUCUGAACUCGGUGUGUGUUUAUAAGAACAAGUCUGCUGAGCUGUGAAUCACUCUUUCUCCAGUCAGUGUCCCAUAAGUAUCUCUGAAAUAUAUCUACUUGUUUCUUGUUCCUUCUUCCUCUGGUAGAAAACAUCCCAGAGAAGUGGACCCCUGAGGUGAAGCACUUCUGCCCCAACGUUCCCAUCAUCCUGGUGGGCAACAAGAAGGACCUGAGGAACGACGAACACACACGGAGGGAGCUGGCCAAGAUGAAGCAGGUACCGUACGUUAGGUCCAUACUGAGUGUACUGCACAACACCCUCAAACAGAACCCUAACCCCUAGGUAGGUAGGAGGUACUGCUGUAAAUCUGAAAGGAUUGGAUAGAAGUAGUCUGUCAGACCACAUUGCUUAUCCUUAUAUCUGUUCAACACUUUUUAGAUGAAUGUGGCUGGUGUCCUCAACUAGGCCUCUGGAAGGGAGAACUCAUUUAAGAUGACAAUUUGUCAAAGGAUAUUAGUGUUCCCCUUUGAGUUUAAUCAUUGUUUCAGGAUACGUGAGGCUUGAUAACCAGCCAAACUGAGAUGGUGGUUGAGUGACCAAUGUUAUCACUGACUAGACUGUGGAAAACCUUUCAGGAAAAGGCUGUUUUGGCUCUGAGUCACUGGCAUCCCUUGCAUUCUUAGAAAAACAUGUAGCGAGACUGGUCUGAAAUGGCUGGGGCUGAUUUGAUCUGCCUGUCAUGGCAUGGGGAGGAGCAACCUCUCCUAGAAGUUACUGAUUAGCUUGUUUGUUUAGUCUGAAGUCUUCUCAAUGCAGGUUCUAAUGGACGACAGACAGUACCUUGCUUGACAUCAUGUUCUCUGUCUGUGUGUCUGUCUCUGUGUAGGCCUACUGUCAGUCUGUGUGUGGUACUAGUCUCCAGGUCUAGUUGCUGAUGAUAAUGGGGGUGGGGGGUUACAAAGCCCUCUGACUCUGUCAGCCGUUUCUUUCUCUCAGAGAACAGGAACUAUGUAACAAAGAGGAUGUGAGAGAGGAUUACAAUCCCCACAAGUCAUCACUUUUUAAGUGUUUUAGCGUGAUGUUAAAAGUAACUGUGGUGGCUAUGUUGUACCCAGGCAGUGGAGUCAUGCUAUUUCCCAGGAUUUAUGUGUUCUGUGAUCAAACAUAAAUACAUCUAGAGGGGGGGGGGUUGAUACAACCUACACUCAGGAGGCUACAUGUACUAGGAUAAACAUGAGUAUUCUGUGUUUAUAUAGUCUUGAUGUUAUUAUAGUCAAGUGUCCCAUGAAUGUUGUUGGUAAAUUCACACUGCUUAGGUUGGAGUGUGUGUGUACGUGCAUGGCCAAACCAGUUUAAACACCUCCCUGUCUGUGUUUACCCUGUAGGAGCCAGUGAAGCCAGAGGAGGGCCGGGACAUGGCUAACCGUAUCAGUGCCUUUGGCUACCUGGAGUGUUCAGCCAAGACCAAGGAUGGCGUGAGGGAGGUGUUUGAGAUGGCCACCAGGGCGGCGCUGCAGGUGCGCAAGCGCAAGAAGAGGGGUGCUUGCCUGCUGUUGUGAGGAGGAGGAAGAAGACCUCAAAGUCGUCAACUGACAAAACAACAACAUACCAAGCAGAACUGACCUUUUACCAAAUGGCAUCUUUGUACUGUAUCUCACAUUUCACGCUAAAGAGGUUGGCGGCCGAAAGUGCUGAACGUAAAAUAACAAGGAAAAGGACUGGUCUGUAACACAGGUUAGAAAUUAGUGUUUAAACUUCUCAGAAUUGUUUUUUUUGUUAUGCUUAUUUCAUGCAAUGGGCACACUGUCUUUCAUCUAGUUUUUCACAAGCAUUUAUUUUCCCUGUCGCUUUGAGACGAUAAUAAAUGCACAUGUAUUUGAAUGCAACAUAUUUGGCUGUCCUUCCCUGGGCCUGUACAAACAGUCGGUCCCCUGAGCUUGUGUUAUUGUCAACAUGCACACUAUUGGAAUCAGGACUCACCCAAACUUUUGUUCCUUUGUAACCCGUCCUGUCUGCUAGCAUAGUUGUUAUGGUAAGAGGGUCUACUUUCCAGGGGAGAGGUUUUGCUCUUUAGAACCAGUGCCUUUCGGAGUUAUUUUUCUUAUUUUUUAAGUCCUUGCAUACCACCAAGUAAUGCUCCACCUGAGCUGUUGGUCAACUCACUAGCAGGGGAGCGGAGGGCCUCCCCACGUUAAUUAUACACAGUAUGUAUUGUUAUGCAAUCAGAGCUUUGCUGCAAGUAAUCUAGGCUUUCAGGGCUGUCGAUAACUAGCCGCAAGAAAUGACUUCAGACUUCAUUUUACUUAGCAGAAAGCAUCAGUCAGCCAGUCCGUAUAGCAUACCAGUCUGAAAUCAGUCCACCCCCACAUGGUAAAGGACUGGUAGUCGGAGCACCUCAUGGCACUGUAACAUGACCCUACAGAUGUGUGCAGAGAAGUCCAUCCGCCCCCCCUCAAAUAUUGUCUGGAUUGAACAGCUGUUCCUCACAGUCGUUCUGAACACCUGUACAGAGAAGCUCGAAUGUCCCCAGAUAAACAGAAGCCAACAUGACUUUACAGUCCCACCACACCAGGAGGUGACAAGUUAAAACGGGUGUCGCAUGAUGAUUAGGGGAGCAUGGUCCACAAUAGCUACAGUAGGUUUGUAUGAGUUGACACCAUCUUCUUUUUAGAAUGAGAAUGCCAACGUAUUUGUCACAAGGCUGGAGCUGCCGGGGUAUGAGGGACAUGGUAUCCUGUCUCAAGAGAUCCUGGCCUGGGGAUUUCCAGUCUGACUGCAUUCUAAAGCAGCAUUCUGAGGAGCCACAUGAGUGUGUUUCAGUGCCUUCUCUUUUAACCUGUGUGACUUUGGCGUUCCCCUCCCCGAGAGCAGAGUAGAGACCGGACCAGUUGCUCAAUGUCAACGUGAUGCCACAGCCAGUCAACUUUGACACCUUUGUCAUGUUGCACAAAGCUCAACACUCACAGCACUCACUCACAGCCAUAAAGAAUGUCAGGGGGAAAUGAUGCUUAACAAAUCAAGAAUUUCAUUGAAUCUUUUUCUAAGGUACACUCUGCCACUUUGCCCCAGCGUUCCCCAAAACAUGACUGGUUGAAACCCCAGUUAGAAUUCAAUCAUCCAUAGAUAAGAUCUCUCUUCAGCUCAGGGGUUGAUUGUAUUUCAUUUGAGGAAGGAAACUCCCAGUGUGCUUUGCCUGAUUUUCAGGAACUGGUUUGUCAAUUCUCAGUUUGUUCUGGCUAGGCGCUAUUUGACAAGAAGGCAAGACCUGAAUAGAAAUCCGUAAAAUAAAUCUAUUUUUUUUUUUGAGGGAGAGAGACUUCUGUUGGCUGCCAAGAAAUUCCCCACACAAUUCUCCCUACCUGUCUCAGCCAAAAUGACGUGCUCUGCACUGUGUUAUGUUAACAGUAACGUUUGGAUGGUGUGAUACGGAGUUGGAAAUUACUUUGUUACAUUCUGAUAUGAUUUCUUGUCUUCUGUCAUUUUAUAUGUCACUGCUUAAACAAUAAAAUGCAUCGGGGGCGCUGAAGUCACUGGUCAACAUAGGCUGUGGUUUUUGUCAUUUGACUUGAUUUACAUAAUAGAACACCACUGGAGCUUUAGCAUGCCUGAGACUGGCGCUGGAAUAUUCUGUAUCCUGGCUUCUUUCGGGCUUUAGCUUGUAAACCACCUCUUUCUAUGAAACCUUUUACUGGCUCCACCAUUAAACAACAACUCCAAUGUGCACGGUCUGUAUUUCCUGUAUUGCUUGGACUGGGUUAGACGUUUCACUUGCAUGGAAGUGGAAAUGACAAUUUAAGUUUACUCUUUUGUAUCAUAUGAUGUUGACCAUUCGUCUAACGCAGGGCUUCCCAACCCUGUUCCUGGAGCUCUACCGUCCUGUGGGUUUUCAGUCCAACCCU